GAACAGGCACAGCAGCUAGAAACAAGGCACGAGGCCGAGUACUAGACGAAGACGAGGCCACCAGGUUGAGGAAGCAAGCAACCUCUCAACCCUAGCCGGUGCUCCCUUCUCCAGAUUCUUCCGUCAAUCAGGCGUGCCGGUGCCAUGGAGCGUGUCUCUUCCUCCAGUACUCCUCGGCGGGAUCUGGGCCCCUGCGAUUCGCCGGCGCCGGACUCUCCGCCUCCCACCUCUCAGGUUGGAUCGAGCAAUGGAGCCAAAACAGUUGCUAGGAAGACAAAGGAGGUUGAACAUCUGUUGACAAAUUUAGAAAAAGAGGGAGCAGUCAUAGAUGGCAAGAUAGCUACUAUUAUUGAUGAUGAGAUAGCUAGAAUUAAAGCUGAAGCCAUGAGGGAGGCCAUCAAUGAGUCAAAAAGAAACGAGAAGAUGGAAUCUGCUGCAAGUGGUUUUCGCCUUGCACUGCUCACUGCUGCAUCCUGUGCUGUUGGUUUUGUCAUCGGAGUGGAAUGGUUUGCAAAUGCUUUACGUAAGGAAUUUGCCAAGAAAAGAUUUGCUUAGUUAAAUUGCCUAGUGCUAGUGGGUGCACUCUGUUUAUGGUAUGUAAAACCAAGUAGGUAAUCUUCGUAAAAGAUUGUUGGCUAAUGGUAUGCAAAACCUAUCUAUGGUGUCUAAUAAGUUUCAUGCUCUACUGUGGCUUUUGGCAUGUAUAAUGUAACUUUUAUUUGGUGACACCAUGUCGCUGUUGUAUGCUGCAUGGAGAAGUUGCUCAGUUAAGUACUGUAGGUUAAUCUGUUUAGUAAUUGGAGCAGGUGUAUGGUGAAUAUCUAUGGAUGCUCCAUUGUGAUAAAUUAUGGAAUAAUCCAUGAUAUGACACUUAAUCCAAAUUUAGGAUUUGUUGCAUAAAUUGUUUGCAGAACUCAUA